AUGAAAAAAAUAAUCAGUCCAAGUGGAUGUGAUGUACUAGACCCAUUAAAAAUACGUUUUCAUAGAUCCCAAACGUUACAUUAUAAAAACGGCUACAGAGUGCCUGAUCCAUAUCCAACAGUAGGCAUAGGUGGUUAUCCGCUCAAAGAAAAUCAGUUAACAGAAGACGAACUGGAAGAAAUAAUUAACUAUCACCCUAUUUUAACUUAUACGCGCACAAGUCCAGUUCCUGUUCAAGAGUUCAUUCCUAGUCAUGUUGCACUAGAUAAAAAAUUACUACGGUUCUAUGGACAUUUUAAGGAGACUGUUCCUAAUUCUCCAAAUGAGCGUGAACGGAUUCGAAAAGUUACUAUUUGCUAUUACCUAGAAGAUGAUACUAUGCAUAUUUAUGAACCAAUUCAGUUAAAUAGUGGUUUAAUACAAGGAUGGAUACUAAAAAGGCAAAAGAUUCCAAAAAAUGAUGUUGGUGAAUUUUACACUUGGAAGGACCUUAAUGUUAAUAUAGACAUUCCCAUUUAUGGUAGAACCUAUCAUUUAUCAAGCUGUGACGUAUUCACAAAAGAUUUCUUUGAAAGUGAAGGAAUGGUUUUAAAUGAAUUUGAUCCAUCAGAAGAUGUAAAUGACUCAAAAUGUAUGGGACUUAUCAAGAGCGCAUCUAAUUGCUUUGAAUUGAAAUCGAGGAGGAAGUUUUAUGAAGCGGAUCGUCAAGUACUGCGCUUUUAUGCAGUAUGGGAUGAUCGAAGGGAAAUGUUCGGUGAUCUACGCAAGUUGGCCAUUCUAUAUUACCUAACUGAUGGUACGAUGGAGGUAAUCGAAUUUCAUUCACCCAAUGAUGGUCGAGAUCCUUGCCCCACACUAAUUCGAAGACAUAAAAUCCCUAAAGACCGCGACGACAUUCCCGAGACGUUUCCAUCUGUCUGCAUGGAAUUAUCAGACAAAGAAGUGAAAGAUUUCUACUGUCCAAAUGACUUAAUGGUCGGCAAAACUGUCGUUAUAUAUGGAAGAGCUUUUCUACUCUAUGACUGUGAUGAUUUCACCAGAGCCUGGUAUAACAUGAAUUUUGGGAUCACCGAUUUUCAACCAAUAGAUAUUGGGCAAAAGGUGAGCGUGGCCUCGGCACUUUAUCUUGACCAGUAUUUUCGAAAUCCCCUAGAACCAACAGAAAAAAUAUCCUGUAGGUCAACGAAAUUCAAACACUUUAAUCCGAAUGAAGGUUGUGAAAAAUCUUUACGUUACGGUGCAAAACUAGUUGGUGCUCCUCAAAAUGACAACUCCCGUAAAUUCAUAAUUACCUACCGCUUAGUAGACGAUAUGAUACAAAUUUGGGAAACUCCAGUCAAAAAUUCUGGAGUCUUGAAACCGGAAAGCGACAAAGAAAAGCCAGAAUACUAUGGUCCGAGGGACUUCUAUAUUGGCGCCGUAAUUGAUAUAUUUGGAACGCAUUUUAUUAUAACCGAAGUGGAUAAAUAUGUGUUAAAAUAUGCGGAAUCGCACAGAGAUAUUUUCUCUGACGACCUGAUUGAAAAUCUCUCCUCUGGCGCGAGGUUGGCUGCAGAUCCCAAAGGCAAUAAUGGUAGCAGGAUCUGCAAAAGAAGCACUGCAGCAAAUAUUCAGAGAUCACCGGGAGACGUUGACCAAAUAGUUGACGAAAUGUCGGUACAGUUUAGAAAGUUGGGCAUUACCGACGAGAGAAGUUUGGGAGCCCUCUUCUUGAAGUAUAACAAGGGCCGAGUUGGUCACGUGGAUGUUAAUGGUCUGAGGGGCCUUUGCAGAAAAUUCCAGUUUCCAGAAGACGAGGAUAUUUUGAAUCGAUUCUUGGACCGAUACGGUACUGAUGGUCAGAUGACACACCAAGAGUUCCUAGCCUUUAUCUUGAACAAAGAGAAGCCAAAAAUCAACACUGCCGAUGCUUGUGUUAACUCCAAAUGCUGUGUUUGA